AUGGCGAGCGCCAAAUUGGAGCCGAAGGAAGAGGGCUGCUUGAGAGAUCCUGUUGUUGCCCCUUUCGACUCUGGUGUUCUCAAGACCAACGUCCCAUUCUAUGCCAGCGAAGUCGUCAACAUCAGCCCCACGCCUGAUGCGCCCAUUCGCGUUCACGUUGGCUUGCUUAGCGAGAAAGCUCCUAAGCUCCUUCCUUCUUCCAUCAAACAGCAGAACUACGAAAUACUGGCUCGGUUCGUGGAGUGGGCCUACACUGGGAGCUACAAGAUUAAUCACAACGAGGACAUACGUGACGCGUGGUUCGAGCAGGGUUCUACAGAGAGCUUGUACGAGAACAUGAAAUUGCACAUCCGUGUUAUGGUCUUUGCCCACAAGUAUGAGAUCGACAGCCUCUACGAUGAUACCUACAACCAACUUACCAAAGCCACAACUUGGCUGUUCAGCAUGGAUAGAAGCAACGAUUAUAUCGAAGGCUUCGUCGACUUUUGUGCAUUUACUCUCAAAAGAGUCGAAAGGGACACUUCUUCCUGGGACUAUCUUGCUUUCCAGACUGCGAAACAUUUGGAAACCGUGGGCAAGGCUAAGAAUUUUACUUCUCUUCUGACCGAGAUUCCCCAGUUCGCCGUGGCUAUCAUCCAGAAUAUUCGCACACCUGUCUUUUAUGACUAUUAG